AUGGGUUACUUCCUAGGGAACUGCAUAGUCCUGUCCCCACAGGAGCACCCUGCCUGGAAGUGCAGGAGGAGAGCCGGUCCUGGAAUUGCAGGGAAGAGACGAUGCAAUACAGGCGUGUACUACGUGUGGGACACGGCUCUCAAAACGGAAAGGAACGCAGAGGUCACCACCAGCACACAGCCCCUCUCCUCCUAGAGCUGAAUGGCUCCUGCUCGGCGGGGACAGCAGGCCUCCUCAACACCCAGAGCCCUCUCUUGGAAGCAGUCAUGCCUGUGACAAAGAGUGCCGGGGGCCCCCAGGGCACUGUUGACCUCAAACUGGACCUCAGGUCCCCUCCCAAAAGUGCCAAGAAGCUGCAAAACAAGGACUCCAGUUUCUGGGAUGGACCCCCUUCCGAGUCACCAGGCUUAGAGAAGACCAAGGGCAUAACAGCGUUCCAGACCUUGGUUCACCUGGUGAAAGGCAACAUGGGUACAGGGAUCCUCGGGCUACCCCUGGCUGUGAAGAAUGCGGGCAUCCUGAUGGGCCCGCUCAGUUUGCUGGCCAUGGGCUUCAUCGCUUGCCACUGUAUGCACAUCCUGGUCAGGUGUGCCCAGCGCUUCUGCCACAGGCUUAACAAGCCCUUCAUGGAUUAUGGCGACACGGUGAUGCACGGCCUGGAAGCCAGCCCCAGUGCCUGGCUCCAGACCCAUGCCCACUGGGGAAGGAAUAUCGUGAGCUUCUUCCUUAUAGUCACCCAGCUGGGCUUCUGCUGUGUGUACAUUGUGUUUCUGGCUGAUAAUUUAAAACAGGUAGUGGAAGCAGUUAAUGGGACCACCAACAACUGCCAUUACAACGAGACAGUGUUUCUCACACCCACCAUGGACUCGCGACUCUACAUGCUCUCCUUCCUGCCCUUCCUGGUGCUGCUGGUCCUCAUCCGGAACCUCCGGGUCUUGACCAUCUUCUCUUUGUUGGCCAACAUCAGUAUGCUGGUUAGCUUGAUCAUCAUCACCCAGUACAUCGUCCAGGAAAUUCCAGACCCCAGCCGGUUGCCACUGAUAGCAAGUUGGAAGACCUACCCUCUUUUCUUUGGAACAGCCAUUUUUUCAUUUGAAAGCAUUGGUGUGGUUCUGCCCCUGGAAAACAAGAUGAAGGAUGCCCGCCGCUUCCCAGCCAUCCUGUCUCUGGGAAUGUCCAUCAUCACUGCCUUGUACAUCGGCAUCGGGUCUCUGGGCUACCUGCGGUUUGGAAAUGACAUCAAGGCCAGCAUAACCCUUAACCUACCCAACUGCUGGCUGUACCAGUCAGUCAAGCUGCUGUACGUCGUUGGGAUCCUGUGCACCUACGCCCUGCAGUUUUAUGUCCCUGCAGAAAUCAUCAUCCCCUUUGCCACCUCGCAGGUAUCAAAGCGCUGGGCGCUGCCUCUGGACUUGUCUAUCCGCCUCGCCAUGGUCUGCCUGACAUGUACCUUGGCCAUCCUUAUCCCCCGCCUGGACCUGGUCCUCUCCCUGGUGGGCUCCGUGAGCAGCAGUGCCCUGGCCCUCAUCAUCCCGCCCCUCCUGGAGAUCACCACCUACUACUCGGAGGGCAUGAGCCCCCUCACCAUCGCCAAGGACGCCCUGAUCAGCAUCCUGGGCUUCGUGGGCUUUGUGGUGGGGACCUACCAGGCCCUGGACGAGCUGAUCCUCUCGGGACAACCCCUCACCUUUUCUAACUCCACCAUUUUUAUUCAGUGAGAAUGGCACUGCACCUUAUCCACCAGCACCUGACUUUUGCUGGUAUGGAUAUCUUGUGUAUGCUUUAUCUUUAUUUUGCCUCUUUAUCUUUUUUCUGGGCCAAGUCAUGGUGAAGCAAGCAAGGACUCACCAGCUACAGGGUCUAGAUGGUAAUUUACAGAUUUGUUUUUAAUUACUUUUCUUUCCAUCUCUAGCUUUCCCUUAAGUUGAGAGUCUCCCAUGGAAGGCUCUUGAUUCAUCCAACUUCUUGGCAAUUGACAAGGUGGAUUUUGUACCUUGAGUGGUGCUAUGCAAGAAGAGGCCACCGGGGGGAAACCAAGUGACAGCAACGGGCAGAAGGAGGUGCAGCUGGCUAAUGCUGACCCUGAGCUGGUAGACAAAGGGUUUCAAACAGCAUAGACUAGGGGACAUAACCUAUGAUCCAACAAGGAAUACACAACUCCUAUGACAAAAUAGUUACGGCAAAGAGGUCCAAUGUGAGCUGCAACUCUCAGAAAGGAGCCAUCAUAUUUAAGUCAAGGGCAAUAAACUUUCUAAACCACCGGAUAAAGUUUUAGCCCAGUUCGGAGAUGCCAGCAGCAGAUAGGAGGUGUGGAUGUAGAUGUGUCAGUGGCAGGGGGGAGGGGAGUGGACAAUACCAUUACAGUAUCUGACAUUUACCUCUUAAUUCUUGCAACAAGCAUUCUACCUACUGUGUGUCAAGCAUAGUUAAAGGUCCUUAGAGUAAGUUGCAAAAAUGGCCACAAAUUCCUCUUGACAAUGUGACUUUGUAGCUCCUCUCAACAAGAGGUGAAAUCUAUGUCUCUACCCCUUGAAUCUGGUCUUGCCCUCAUGACUUAUUUGGACCAAUGGGACGUUAGUAAAUGUGAUGCAAGCAGAGGUUUGGUGAUAGCUUGUGCAUCAGGACUUUCAUUUCUCGCUAUGCUGUGGAGCCAUGACCAUCAGGUGAAGAAGCCUGAGCUAGCCUACUGGAGGAUGAGAGGCCAUGUGGAACAGAAGCGAAUCAUCCCAGUUGAACCCAUCCCUCAGAUCAACCAGCCUGCCAACUUCAAGACACAUGAGGGAAGCCUCCUAGACCAAACCCAGCCCCAGCCAGGCUGACCCAGAUCCUAAGAAUUGCCCCGAUGAUCCACAGAAUUGUGAGAAAUAAUAAAUGUGGUUUUAAGCCAUAAA